AUCAUUCGCAGAUCCAGUUCACUUCUGUAAAGAACUACCAAUCAGCACUCCUAGCAACAUGGCCUUCAAGUUUGUCUUCGCCCUCGCCUUCGUCGCCGUGGCCAGCGCCGGUUAUGCUCCCAUCGCCGCCCCACAGGUGUACCAUGCUGCCCCAGCGGUGGCCACCUACGCCCACGCCCCCGUGGCCGUCGCCCAAAAGGUCGUGGUCAAGGCCGCCGAGGAGUACGACCCCCACCCCCAGUACCGCUUCUCCUACGGAGUCGAUGACAAGCUAACCGGUGACAACAAGGGACAGGUGGAGGAGCGCGAUGGAGAUGUGGUACGCGGAGAGUACUCCCUGAUCGACGCUGACGGCUACAAGAGGACCGUCCAGUACACCGCCGAUCCCAUCAACGGAUUCAACGCCGUUGUCAACCGUGAGCCCCUGGUCAAGGCCGUCGCCGUUGCCCCCGUUGUGAAGACCGUCGCCGCUCCCGUUGCCCAAUACGCCGCCCCUGCUGUCGCCCACUACGCUGCUCCCGCUGUGGUCAAGACCGUUGCUCCAGUUGCCCACUACGCUGCUCCUGCUGUGGUCAAGACUGUGGCCCCAGUGGCUCACUAUGCUGCCCCCGCUGCAUAUGCCACCUAUGCUGCUCCCACCCACUACGCAGCUCCCGCCCACUAUGCCGCCCCCGCUGCCACCUACACCUCGUACUCGGCUCCCGCCGUCGCCUACCACCACUAGAUCCUGGCUAAAAUCGACGCUGUACAUAUAUAGAAUUGUUGGCUUUAUUAUAACUGUUCAUUUAUUUAUUGACAGCACCAAUAAAAAAAUGCAUACAAAAAUGUAGACAU